AGCUAAAAGGUUUUCAUUUUAUGCAAUUGGUUUCUUCGAAAUAUACAGGAAAAGAGUCUAGUUCCAACCUAGAAACGAUUGAAGGCCAGCCCUUCUCCUCGCAUUGUUCAAGUGCAAUUCUUUUUCAUUUCAUUUCUAGCAUUGGAAUUUUUAGAAUUAUCAAGGGUGUAGUUGGGAUCUUUGUGGUGACUGAAGUGAAUUUCUCUUAACACUUCAUCAUUGCAUUGUCUUUCCCAAGUACCCAAAAAAAAAACUGGUAUUGGGUCCAUCAGAAUUUUAAGGAGAAGGGUAUAGUUGAAAUCUUGAGGAGGAUUGAAGUAAUUUUUUGCACGAGAAAAUGGUGAUGCCAAAGGAGGUAGAGCAAGUGAUGAAGAUGAGAGGGGGAUCUGUGUUGGGUAAAAAGACUAUCCUCAAGAGCGACCAUUUCCCUGGUUGUCAAAACAAGCGUCUGUCUCCUCAGAUUGAUGGUGCUCCCAAUUACCGCCAGGUAGAUUCAUUGUGUGUUCAUGGUGUUGCCAUUCCGACAAUUGUUGGAAUUCGAAAUGUUCUUAAGCACAUUGGAGCCGAGAAAAAUGGGAAGCAGGCACGUGUUCUUUGGAUUAGUCUUCGAGAGGAACCGGUUGUAUAUAUUAAUGGGCACCCCUUUGUUUUGCGUGAUGUUGAAAGGCCCUUCUCCAACCUUGAAUAUACGGGAAUCAAUAGGGAUAGAGUUGAGCAAAUGGAAACUAGAUUAAGGGAAGAUAUUUUGAUGGAAGCAGCAAGAUAUGGAAAUAAGAUCCUUGUGACUGAUGAACUGCCGGAUGGUGAGAUGGUGGACCAGUGGGUACGAGUAUCCUGUAAUUCGGUGAAAACACCAUUGGAGGUGUACGAGGAAUUGCAACUCGAUGGAUACCCUGUUGACUAUGAGAGAGUGCCUAUAACAGAUGAAAAGUCACCGGAGGAGCUGGAUUUUGAUAUUCUGGUUAAUAAAAUUUCUCAAGCUGACAUAAGCACAGAUGUUAUUCUUAAUUGUCAAAUGGGUCGAGGAAGAACCACAACUGGCAUGGUUAUUGCAACUUUAGUUUAUCUCAACAGAAUUGGAGCUUCAGGCUUUCCCAGGACCAAUUCAAUCGGGAGAGUUUUUAGCUCUGGUUCUAAUAUCACUAACAAUCUUCCCAAUUCCGAAGAGGCAAUUCGUAGAGGAGAAUACACGGUCAUAAGAAGCCUAAUUCGGGUCCUAGAGGGCGGUGUCGAAGGGAAAAGACAAGUAGACAAGGUCAUUGACAAGUGUUCUUCCAUGCAGAACCUCAGAGAAGCAAUUUCCACUCAUCGCAACAACAUUCUUCGUCAGCCAGAUGAGAUGAAGAGGGAAGCAUCACUUUCAUCUUUUGUGGAGUACUUGGAGAGAUAUUACUUUCUCAUAUGCUUUUCUGUAUAUAUUCAUUCCGAGAGGGCAUCUCUAUGUUCUAGUUCCUUUGAUUAUACCUGUUUUUCUGACUGGAUGAAAGCAAGGCCAGAGCUAUAUAGCAUUCUUCAUAGGUUGCUUCGGAGAGAUCCUAUGGGUGCACUUGGAUAUGCAAGUCUGAACCCAUCUUUGACAAUGGUAGUUGAAUCUUCUGAUGGUUGCCCUCAUGAAGUGAGUGUCGUUGCUCUGAGGAAUGGAGAGGUUCUCGGGAGCCAGACUGUCUUAAAAAGUGAUCACUGUCCUGGUUGUCAAAAUGCAAGCUUGCCAGAGAGAAUAGGGGGUGCUCCUAAUUUCAGGGAGGUCUCUGGAUUUCCAGUUUAUGGAGUUGCAAAUCCAACUAUUGAUGGAAUUCGGUCUGUCAUUCAAAGGAUUGGCAGCUGCAAAGGUGGUCGUCCUGUUUUUUGGCACAAUAUGCGGGAAGAACCUGUCAUCUACAUUAAUGGAAAUCCAUUUGUGCUCCGUGAGGUUGAGAGACCCUAUAAAAACAUGCUGGAGUACACGGGAAUUGAUCGUGAAAGAGUGGAGAGAAUGGAAGCCCGGCUGAAGGAAGACAUCCUGCGAGAAGCUAAACGCUAUUAGGGUGCUAUAAUGGUCGUUCAUGAGAAAGAUGAAGGGCAAAUAUUUGAUGCUUGGGAGCAUGUCAACUCUGAUUCUAUACAAACUUCACUGGAGGUUUUUAAAUGCUUAGAGGAUGAUGGUUUUCCUGUCAGGUAUGCACGAGUUCCCAUUACAGAUGGCAAAGCUCCCAAAAGUUCUGACUUUGAUACAGUGGCCGCAAACAUUGCUUCUGCUUCCAAGGAUACUGCUUUUGUAUUCAAUUGCCAGAUGGGAAGAGGGAGGACAACAACUGGUACUGUAUUAGCUUGCCUUGUGAAGGUUCGUAUUGAUAGUGGGAGACCAAUUAAAGUUCUGGUUGAAGAGAUGUUCCGUGAAGAGUCAGAUGGGAGCUUCUCAAGUGGUGAAGAAAACGGAAGUAAUGCCACCAGAUUGAUCUCUAGCUCUGCUAAAGUAAGAACUAAAAAUGAGCAAGACCGUGCAUUUGGCAUUGAUGAUAUACUACUGUUAUGGAAGAUAACAAGAUUAUUUGAUAAUGGGUUGGAGUGCCGUGAGGCCUUAGACACAAUUAUUGAUAGAUGUUCAGCACUACAGAACAUACGACAAGCAGUUCUUCGGUACAGGAAGGUAUUCAACCAACAACAUGUUGAACAAAGAGUGAGGAGACUAGCACUGAAUCGUGGAGCUGAGUACUUGGAGCGGUACUUUCAUUUAAUUGCUUUUGCAGCAUAUCUUGGUAGUGAAGCAUUUGAUGGGUUUUGUGGACAAGGAGAAUACAUGAUGACGUUUAAGAAUUGGUUGGAUCAGAGACCAGAGGUUCAAGCAAUGAAAACGAGUAUAAGACUAAGGCCUGGACGAUUUUUCACUGUCCCUGAGGAGUUGAGAGCAUCACUUGAAUCCCAGCAUGGAGACGCUGUUAUGGAUGCCAUUGUUAAGGUACGCAAUGGUUCUGUGUUAGGAAGAGGUUCUGUUCUUAAAAUGCACUUCUUUCCUGGUCAGAGAACUUCCAGCCACAUCCAAAUCAACGGUGCCCCGCAUGUGUUUAAGGUGAAUGGAUACCCUGUUUAUAGCAUGGCUACUCCAACAAUUACUGGUGCCAAAGAAAUGCUGGCAUACCUUGGUGCCGAGGUCAAUGCAGAAGGAUAUGCUGGUCAAAAAGUGGUGAUAACUGAUCUGAGAGAAGAGGUGGCUGUGUACAUUAAUGGCACACCAUUUGUAUUGAGGGAGUUAAACAAUCCUGGUGAUACCCUAAAGCAUGUUGGAAUUACUGGCCCUGUGGUGGAACACAUGGAGGCACGGUUAAAGGAAGAUAUAUUGUCUGAGAUUAGACAGUCUGGUGGACGAAUGCUUUUGCAUCGUGAAGAAUACAACCAGUCAUCAAAUCAGUCAAGUGUUGUGGGAUACUGGGAAAACAUCUUUGCUGAUGAUGUGAAGACACCUGCUGAAAUAUAUGCUGCUUUAAAAGAAAAAGGGUAUAAUAUAGUGUAUAAGAGGAUACCAUUAACUAGAGAAAGGGAGGCUUUAGCUUCUGAUGUGGAUGAAAUUCAGAUCUGCAAAGAUGACUCCUCUGGGUGUUUCCUUUAUGUAUCACAUACUGGAUUCGGUGGAAUCGCCUAUGCAAUGGCAAUUAUCUGCUGCAGACUUGGUGCGGAGGUGAACUUUGGGACAUCCAGUGCUACACAAGCAUUGGCUGAUGCACAACUAAAUUCUUCAUCUGAAGAAAGCAUGGCAUUUCGGACUUCUGAAGAAGAACCACGAAGGAUGGGUGAUUACCGUGACAUACUAAGCCUUACUAGAGUUCUCAUGCAUGGUCCAAAAAGCAAAUCAGAUAUUGAUAUCAUUAUUGAAAGGUGUGCUGGUGCAGGGCAUUUACGAGAUGAUAUCCUUCAUUAUAGCAAGGAACUUGAGGCGGUUCCCCAUGGUGAUGAUGAGCACCGAGCAUACCUCAUGGAUAUGGGCAUUAAGGCUUUAAGGCGUUACUUUUUCCUCAUCACAUUCCAGUCUUACCUAUACUGCACAUCUCCAACUGAGACAAAAUUCACAUCUUGGAUGGACGCAAGGCCUGAACUCGGACAUCUCUGUAAUAAUCUUAGAAUUGUAUGGUAAUUGUCUUCAUAAUUCAAAAUGUAUGGAUGUACAUUACAGGUCUUAAUAAUGCCUAUUCUAGGCUUUCUCCCAUAA